AGUUGGGAAAGUAGGGGUGGAAAGGAAUGGAAAUGGAGGGAAAAAGGUUUUUCGUGGCAGUUCACGUGGGCGCCGGUUUCCACUCUCCGUCCAACGAAAAAGCCCUCAGGUCCGCCAUGAACCGUGCCUGCCUCGCCGCCGCUUCCAUCCUCUCCGACGGUUCGGGAACGCGCUUAGACGCCGUCGUAGCCGCCAUUCGAGUGUUGGAGGACGAUCCGAGCACCAACGCCGGCAGAGGCUCCAAUUUGACUGAAGACGGCGGCGUGGAGUGCGAUGCCAGUGUUAUGGACGGGAAGUCCGGAGCGUUUGGGGCCGUUGGAGCAGUUCCAGGUGUUCGAAAUGCUAUACAAAUUGCUGCAUUUUUGGCCAAAGAGCAAGUGAUGGGAUCUCCACUGUUGGGUCGAAUUCCUCCAAUCUUCUUGGUGGGUGAAGGGGCUCGCAAAUGGGCCAAGUCUAAGGACAUUGCUUUGCCACCAAGCAUAGAGGAGGCCAAUGAGUGGCUGGUCACUGAAAGGGCAAAAGCACAAUGGAUAAAAUAUAAAUCCAUGGUUGAAACUGCUAGAUCUAAGAUAGAGAACACACCUGAGGGCAAUUCUUCGGUCUGUCAAAGUACCACAAUUCCAGAUUGUGCUUUGGAAGAUCGUGUAAUGGACACUGUUGGGGUUAUUUGUAUAGACAAUGAGGGGCAUGUAGCAUCUGGAGCCUCCAGUGGUGGUAUUGCUCUAAAGGUCAGUGGACGCAUUGGGUUGGCGGCAAUGUAUGGUUCAGGUUGUUGGGCAUCAUCUAAAGGUCCCUUUGGGGCUCCAUUCAUGGCUGGUUGUUGUGUAUCUGGGGCAGGAGAGCACCUAAUGAAAGGAUUUGCAGCUAGAGAGUGUUGUGUUUCAUUGUCACUCUCACAGUCUGGUGCUGCCUCUGCUUGCACAAAAAUUUUACGGUCUGUUGUUGAGGAUGGCAAGCAAUGUGGUACUGAUAGCAGUGCAGGGAUCUUGGUUGUGCAGUCAGAUGCAUCUUUACCAGAUCAAGGAAAAUCUUCAAGGCUGAAGGCUGUAGAGAUUGCUGCUGCAUACACUUCCUUGUCUUUUGGAGUAGGAUAUUUUGGAAGCUCUAUGGAACGGCCCAAGGUUUCAAUUCUUAGGAGUACAAAACAAAGCAGAACGUCAAUAGAUCAAUUUGGAGCACGAAUAGAUUUUUCAAAUGGAUAGCGAUCAGAUAUAAUCAGUGUUGAAGACAUGAAAUUCAUGAUUCAGAUUACUUGAUUUUCCCUUGAAUUUUUAGUUUCCAUUACUGGGCAGUACAUUGGUGGAUUGAAAAUAUGUAAUUUCGCCGAUGCAAAGCGAGACUGCUGUGGAAGUUUUUAAUUUUUAUACAUAUUUUUAAAAAAUAAUUUUUGAUUUAAUUAUUCAGUGAUAAAUUUUAUUA